AUGCCACAGCCUGCACAGCGCUCUCUCGUCCAAGUUCUCCUCCUGCUGUGGAUCACCGUCCUCUCCAUCAUCCAGAUUGUGUUCUUCACCUACUUCUUCACAUUCGGACAUCAUGACAAGGUGAGGAUUCAUGUUUCACACCUUCAUACUGAGUCUAGAGUAUUUUCAAUCAGUAAUAACAAGAAAAAAACUUCUAUUUACAACUGUAGGCAGCUGUGUGAUCACCUUUCGAGAAUUUAUCUGAGUACAAAAUGAGUGUUGGCACAUGUAUUGUGUUAAAACACCUGCACAAGACAUCGGUUCUUUCAUGUGGUUUUGGCAGUAGCACAGCUGGUGAGAAAGACGCCCCUGCCUGUGGUCUGUUCUCCCCUACUGGGACUUCCAGACAGUGAAAAUUGAGAACAAUAUCAGAUAGAAAUCUUUAAGACUAAUCUUUACCUGAUGAUACCAAUGAUAUGAAAUGUUUGACAUUAAAGCUCAGAAAGUGUUCACAGUGAGGACUUGAAUGACUUUUGCACCAACAGUUCAGUCAACUUACAUUUAAUUGAACUAUUUAUCGGUUGUAAUAGUUACUGAGACUAUCUUCUGCCUCUCUUUCUGUCCUCCAGCCGCAGAACUGCAGUGCUGUAGAUACAAGGAUCCCCAUGCCUCACAUGGGGAACGAACCCUUGGUAAGAAAAAACUACUGCUAUAGAGUUUGUACAAAAAUUCUUUUUGAGUCAAUAUGUAUGUUAGUAAGGAAAAGGUCAUGGUAUCGUAAAGGUUAUAUAAUGUUUACAUAGUUCAGAUAUUGCAGACGAGGCAGAUGUAACUUCAAGUCUGAGACAGUCUAACCGCUCUCCUCAUGUCUUGGAGGAAGCACAUUGACGUCAUUACCACAUUCGGGGAAAUGCAACUACACUAAACUUUGGUUCCUUCGUUUUCGUCUAAAGAUAGUACUGUGUAUUUGGUUCUCAUCCAAUAGAUGGAGGUGUUUGUGAGUCGAGAAAGACACGCAACUACGUCAAGUCAAAUGUUUCAUUCUGAUUUAAACUUUGAGAUAACUGAAUCUUUUCUUCUUUCUGUUUUUGUCCAAAGAAUCAGGUCAAGUUGGGAAAAGGCAAAAUGCUUACCUUUAAGGCUGAAAAAGGUAAAGAGAUCCUCCUUGGAGAAUUUGCUUUCUCAGCAUGUAUGACAAAGGCUGUCAGCAUGUGACUCAGGACUUUAUUUAUCAAAAGCUGUCGAAAAUAAAUACACUCAGGGGUGGAAAGGAGACUAAAAUAAUGUACCCAGCUGAAAGUUUGUUUUGAGGGAGUGAAACUGACAGAAUCUGCUCUGAAAAGCGAAAGGACUUUUCUUACUCUCAACACAUCCAAGUGAGGAUGUGGGGAGAAAGAUUGACCAACAACAGUAUAAGUGAGUGACUCCGCACUUCACUGUUGGUUUCACAUAUCCAGGGUGACGGUAUUGAGUGUUUUUGUUGUCAGAGAAGAACAAGAAACUUAUAGGAACAAGAAAAUAUUGCCUUGACAUAUCUUAAAACAAGGUUUAUAUUUGUCUCUGUCACAUCAGCACAGCUUCAACUAAGUAUAAUGAGAUUUUUAAGAGGAAAAGAGAGAAAUAAACCUGGUAAGAUUUGAGUAUUUGUAGUGUAGAUGUUAUCCAAUCAGCUGGCUGGCAAGCAGUCGAUGAAAAGCUUGUUUGUUCAUAGGUGUUUUCUUCACUCAGUAACUGGUGCUGUGUAAAAUGUAGUUUAUACAAUACUUUUCAAAGAAAAUACAAAGUAAAAGGAAAAAAAGUUAGUUUAAAAACUGGUUUAAAAGUACAAAAGCACCAAAAGGUGAAAAUUUACUUUAAAUUAAGUAAAUGUAAUGAGUUACUUUCCACCCCUGCACAUAUUAUCAAAGUCAGGUAAUGUGUAAAUCCGGCAAACACACUCCUUUCUGUUUAACUGAAACAGUUUGAUAGCUUUAUAUCACUCAACAUAUAUUUUGAAUAAACAAGUAACCAGCUAAUCACAGCUACCCUGUCACCCACAGAAAACCGCACGCUCAAAUGGGUCCCACUAAAUCCCGUUACAGGCCUGUUUUCAGAAAAAGGAGACGCCCUGACCAUUGACAACGAUGGAUACUUCUUCAUAAACCUUCAGCUGAAGCUGGAGACAUGUAAUGAUACUUCACCUCAGGACAUCAAAGUGAGUUUAAAAUGGACAAAUGAUUCUCAGGAAAGCAGAGAAAUCAUGCAGGGUUGGAUCAACAGAAACACAUGCAGCACAAGUUUCGCCAAGGUUGUAGAACUGACUAGCGGCACUCUGGAGGUCACCUUCAACUCGUCUGCUCAUAAUGUAGAUACAACAGAGUCUUCCACCCACCUGGAUGUCAUCUUCAUGACUUCAUAUUAA